AAUUACAUUACAACCUAGUUAACCAUGUAUCCAUUGUUUAUGAUUGUCCAGAUCUGGACACCCAAACGAAAUUAAAACAAACUACAACACUAAUCAAUCAUCUGGUUUCAACUAAUCUAUAAAUAUCCUGAUCAUAACUUCUCCACUUCUUUCACUUAAUCCACUUCAAGAUCUACACACACAUAUGUACUAUAUAUCUAUGGACACCUCAAGAACAUGAUCAAGCUUUGAUCAUCCCUAGGCUCCUUUUCAACCAUGGUAGAGUCCCCACCACCACAAUCCCUGAAACCCCACCAUAAAAAACUCAGCUUUACAUCCCAAAGAACCCUCUUCACUCUCCUCAUCAUAAUUGCUGCCUCUUCUCUGUUCAUUUGGGGCAAAAGCUUCAGGACCCAGUUGCCCAUUUUUCGAAUUAGUGUUGUUGAGAGUGUGCAAGUGCCUGCAUUGCGCCCUGUGGUGUUUAAUUUGACUCAAUUUGGGGGUGUUGGAGAUGGGGUUAAGGUGAAUACUGAGGCUUUUGAGAAAGGGGUCAUUGCGAUUUCGAAGCUUGGGGAGAAAGGAGGGGGGCAGCUUGUUGUUCCUGCUGGGGUUUGGCUGACUGCUCCGUUUAAUCUUACUAGUCAUAUGACUUUGUUUCUUGCUGAAAAUGCUGUUAUUCUUGCGAUUCAAGAUGAGAAAUACUGGCCUUUGUUGCCUCCUCUGCCUUCAUAUGGACGUGGGAGAGAGCAUCGUGGGGCUCGAUAUGGAAGUUUAAUUCAUGGUCAACAUCUCAAAGAUGUUGUCAUUACGGGGCAUAAUGGUACCAUUGAUGGACAGGGACAUUCAUGGUGGAAGAAGUAUCGUCAGAAGCGUCUGAAUCACACAAGAGGCCCACUUGUGCAGAUUAUGUGGUCAAGCGACAUUUUAAUAUCAAACAUAACCCUGCGUGAUUCUCCCUUCUGGACGUUGCAUCCAUAUGACUGCAAGAAUGUGACAAUCAGAAACAUGACGAUCCUUGCUCCCUUAUCUAAAGCCCCAAAUACCGAUGGCAUUGAUCCUGACUCAUGCGAAAAUAUGUUAAUUGAGGACUCUUACAUAAGUGUCGGAGAUGAUGCCAUUGCAAUAAAAAGUGGUUGGGAUCAAUAUGGAAUCUCAUAUGGUCGUCCCUCGAAAAACAUUCUUAUCCGGAACCUUGUAGUUAGUUCUAUGGUCAGUGCUGGCAUAUCAAUAGGCAGUGAGAUGUCAGGUGGAGUGUCAAAUGUUACUGUGGAGAAUGUUCUUGUAUGGAACUCAAGGCGUGCUGUUCGAAUCAAGACAGCCAUUGGAAGAGGAGGAUAUGUUCGACACAUCACAUACCGGAAUCUGACAUUUGAAAAUGUCCGGGUUGGAAUCGUCAUCAAGACUGAUUAUAAUGAACACCCGAACAAGAAUUUUGACCCGAAGGCUAUUCCUGUGCUUCAGGACAUAAGUUACAAUUCAAUCCACGGUGAAGGUGUCCGUGUACCUGUCCGUAUAUAUGGAAGCCAAGAAAUUCCAGUGAGAAAUGUCACCUUCCAUGAUAUGUCAGUGGGAAUUACAUAUAAAAAGAAGCACAUAUUCCAGUGCGCUUAUGUACAAGGCCGUGUAAUAGGAUCCAUUUUCCCCGCGCCAUGUGAAAACCUUGAUUUGUAUGAUGAGCAACAACGGCUUAUUAAGAAGUCCGUGUAUCAAAAUAUAUCGGAUAUAGAUUAUGCUUUCUAAGAUGAUUGCAGAUCAUUUUCCAGAGUCUGCCAUUGCUCACUAUCCUGACAGAUAGUCUGAAGUUACCUGAAUUAGUUAAACCCUAUCCUCCUUUGUUGUAUUAUUUAGCAGGCUGCCCGAUUUGUCUUUGCCUGUUCCUCUCACAGAACAUGUACAUAAAUUAUGUAUACAAGCUGAAAUAUAUUCUUGAGUACAAAGAAAUUUUUAUA